GAAGAUUUCUGGAUGUACUCGUGAUGACGAUUGUCGUUGUAUUGUCUGUAUUUGAUUGAGUCUCAAAUAUAAGAUGUGGCUGUGUUCUGGAAAGAUACAGUAAAGGAAAAAACUUCCGUGUAACCGAGAAACAUGAAAGAAACACUGAAGCUCAAGGUGCUUGCGCUCGUGUUCUGCGUAUUUCCAACAGAGUUGGUGUCUAUCCAGGUUAAUGUUCCUCAGACAGAGAGAAACACAAUGCUGUUUGCUUCUGUCACUCUGCGCUGUGACUAUUCCACCUCUGCAAACGCACAAGAUGUCCUGGUCACAUGGCGAUACAAGUCCUUCUGUUUGGAUCCAGUGCUGGAAUACUACUCAGUUGCAUAUCAAGCAGCUCUGGGUCUGAAGCAAGACCCAGCCAAUGAUUGUCCAGACAGUCAGCGCACUGUCCGCAUAGUGAUUCAGAAAAGAGGCAUUGGUGAAGCUACUCUGGGACCAGAGUAUCGAGAGCGCAAGAUCUCCAUAAACAACAAUGCAGACCUGGUUAUCAAUGAGGUCAUGUGGUGGGACAACGGCAUGUAUUUCUGCUCCAUCGACGCAGCGGGUGAUGUUGUGGGAGACUCCGACAAGGAAAUCAGACUCGUUGUAUAUCACUGGCUGACUGUGCUGCUCAUCAUCCUUGGGGCGUUGCUCCUGAUCAUGCUGCUUUGUAUCUGCUGCUGCCAGUGCUGUCCUCAGAACUGCUGCUGCUAUGUCCGUUGUCCCUGCUGUCCUCGUACUUGCUGCUGCCCAGAAGAAGCGAUGAUGCGCCACAAAAUGAUGCGUGACGCUCAAAAAGCAAUGGUACCAUGGCUCCAUGGCCAGCCCAUCUAUGCCCCCAUUGCCUCAAAUGCAUCUUCUCAGGGGAACGCUUUACUUUAUUCAGGGUCUUUUUCUGAACCUUCAUCUAAACACAAACUUCACAUGGCCCCAAUGGUUAAUUAUGCCCCUCAACCUGUCCCACCAUUCGUACCUCAGCAUGGAUACCAGGCCAAUGGCAGCAUUAAUGGAAGUGUACGUGGCAAUAACCAGGUGUUAGAUUUUCUGGAGACCCAAGUAAGAGGGAUGGAUAUGGCCGUCCCGAUGCUCCAACCUCAACAUCACUACACAGGAGUCCCGCACCAAAACCUUCAACAUCAAUAUGCAGCCCCACAACCCCAAUAUGUAAGGCCACCACCUCAACCCAUACAACAAGCUGUGUCUUUUUCAGCCAGGCCGCCCAGCAUGCUCUCAGCCCUGGACGAGAUGGGUGUCCAAGGUGUAGAGCGCAGGGUCAUCCAGCUGCCUCCCAUCGUGGGCCGAGCGAAACAAAGCUCUCGACGGCCCAAUGAUGGUGGAAGACCCCGGCAAUCUAGUCAGUCCAGCAGUAUCUCUAACCGCAAUGGUCAUCAUCGUGAUAAUUCCUGGAGGGAGCCAGCAUCUUCACAGAGAGGGAUCCCACGCAGCUACAGCGAGGAGUCGGACUGGGAUGAUAGGCGUGGAGGUCAAGGUUCAGCAGGACGCAGGGGAGGUUCAGAUAGGUCUAAUCCACGUGUUCGCAGUAAAGGGGAGCUGCUGGAGGAGUUGGAGCGUGCGACAAACUCUAGAGACAGGAGCUAUUCGCCUCCACCGCUUAGGGGCUCCUGGAGUUCAGACGAGGACGACAGUUAUAGAAAGGGAAAGCGAUCUCAAGGGAGAUUGACUGAGAAACCGCCAGCUUACUCUUCCAUUGACAUUUUGUCUGGUCGCAGCAGGAGGAGCGAUCACUUCUCGGAUAAGAGCUCUCGCAGUGGCACAAGCGUUGUGAUCUGAGUCCUUGUCCUUCGUUUCCAGCCUGAUCCUGUCAUUACCCACUAUCUACAAAUGAAUGACCACUGAACUACUGUCAUUGGGACUAAUGUUGCACUUUAGAACAAGAAUUAAAGGAAGGGUAGGCAAUUUUCCGAGCGGCUAGCAAUAGCAAGCUAGCUUUGAAAGCAUAAGAUUCCACCAUUACUUCAGAGCAUCUCUAAAGCCAUGCCUCCUUCAAAACACAUGAACGCAUACAGCAGAGUUUGCAAUAUGUCACGAGAUGAGAGACGGUGUU